AUGGCUAUUACAAACUUCAAUUGCUGCCUCAAUCCGCCGCCGCCAACUCAAAACCUUGGCUCAAGCCCUUCUUUGCCUUCAAAGCCAAAUCAAGUACUUGCAUGGAACACAAAUGAUGGAUCAUGGACAAAACGAUGUGUGUUAGGCAUGACAGCCGGCAUCAUGAUUGGGUUGGAAAUGGGCAGCUUGGAUGCCAUUGCCAAAGGCAUGCCCUUGCCAUUGGUGACAGAAUCAAGUGAUCAGAGGGUUACAAAAUGGAGUGAGAAAAGAAUGUGCCCGCCGUGGAUCCCCAAUUCUCUGGAGACCAUUGUGCCUGAGAACCUUCCGAGGCCCUCGGCUCAGAGGAGAUCGGAAGUCGUUGGGUUUUCGAAGGAUGCUCCGGCAGUUAAAACGGUUGUUGUUAGAAGAAGUGGUAGUUGCUUUGCCAUGUAA